GCACCAUGUGGGCCUUCCUCUCUGAAUUCUCUAUCAACAGCACAAAGUUUCACAUCUCCAAACUACCCGAAUCCCUUCCCGGACAACUUAAGAUGUAGUUGGAUCAUCACCAGUAAUGCAUCAAAUACGCAGGCCUCAAAGUCGGUGCAGGUUUCUAUCAACGAUCUAGACAUUCCUUGCGGGGGCGAUUAUGUCGAAAUCUUAAAAAAUAAUCGGAAUCAAAGCAUGUCUAGCAUCCGGCUGUGUGGUUCUGAAUAUCUCCGUCAUGAUAUUACUAUGCGUAGUGGAUCUGUUGUCAUUUUUCACAGUGAUGCAGCAAGUAACGGAGCUCGUGGCUUUUCAUUCUCGUAUAAAAAUGCAGAUUGCAACAGAACUUUUGUAAACGAUAAUGGUAUUUUGUCCAAUCCGGAUUAUCCCUCAUUGUUUGUGGACAAGAUCUGCGUAAUGACCAUCAAUGCUAUUGCAGGGAAAACCAUUUCGCUCUAUUUUAAAACUCUUUCUAUAUCUGCAUCGGAAAACUGCUCCAGAAAUAAUGUGAAGGUUUACGAUGGUCCUAAUACUUCAGCCCGUCUUUUGGAUACUUUUUGCGGUGAUGAGGUGCCCACUCCCGUAUUUUCAACAGGAAGCUUCCUUCAUGUAGUGUUUACAGUCCUGGAUGAAAAUGGGCGUUUUUACGCUACUUACACUACAACGGAUAAGGGAAGAGGAUGUGGAGGACGAUUCCAAGCUCAAGAAGGGGCUCUUGCGAGUCCGCUCUAUCCCGAACCUUACAACAGGACUGCAGAGUGCAUUUGGUACAUUUCAGUACCUAACAAUUAUAUCGCAAGAGUUACUUUCACAGCUUUUGCUCUCAAUUCUACCGACGGUUGCGAUUCAAAUUAUGUUGAACUCUACGAUGGUCACACUGUUGAUCUUAGGAAGAGGAUUGCUAGAUAUUGUGGAUCUGAUUCACCAGCUCAGCAUGGCUCUGAAAAUAAUAAGAUACUUGUAAAAUUCGUUUCAAGUCCUUCAAAUGACAUGCCUGGAUUUACCAUGACUUUUGAAUCCACCAACAAAUGUAAAUAUUUUAUGUUUAGUGUUGUUUUUAUAUUUAGUGUGUAA